UCUCUAUCUACAGUGUGGUACACAUUCCUUGUUCUUAGCAACUGGUGUGAUCUACCGCCCAGGACACUUGUGACUUAGCACAUGCCCUCCCCUGCCCCACCCACCCCAUCUCCCCGAGAUGGGACCGCUCCGGUAUAGAUAUCACUUUGUUACCUGAACGCUGGCUGAUACGAGUUUUGUCGAGCCGUUUUAACCUUUGAAUCUGUUCACGUUUAAAGAAGCCAAUCUGCGUCGAUGUCGUGACUUUGCUGUACGGAUUUUAAAUCGGCACACGCCCAUGGAUUAAAGCGUCGUUCAGUUAGAUCAUGUAUAUUAGGCUAUAGUUUAACGUCUCGGGAUUGUUUUAUUGUGCGUCACCUUUCUGUUUCUGCGAUUCACGCUAUUAUAACAGCUGUGGAACUAUCGUCUGCGUUUGCUUGAAAGAGGCGGGAAUAUUUCCAGCUAAUAUAAUUUUAUGUUACGAUCGAUACCGCGAUGACUGGGGUGUACACGAUUCUGGUUCUGUGUGUGGCUGUUGUGUUGAUGUCUACAGGUGGUUUGUCGAAUACGACGUCACAGGCGGAAACAACAACAACAACUACGGCGACGAUAGUAACAACUACAAAAUCACUAGUCACGACAGCCACGACUACGACUACGGCAGCUACGACUACGGCAACUAUAUCUACUGCGACAAAAGCACCAACUACAUCUACUGCCACGUCUACGACACCAGUCAAUAAUGUUACCAACUGUAAACCAAAUCCUUGUCGGAAUGGAGGAACCUGCACCGAUGGAGGGUUAAAUAACUACACGUGUUCCUGUGUAGCGGGAUGGAUGGGAGUCAACUGCACAGCAGCUGACUAUUGCCAUGGCAACCAACCGAAGUGCUCCAACAAUGGGACCUGUAUAAACGGCAACUCCAACUUCACUUGUAGCUGCCCGACAGGCUGGGAGGGAUGGAAAUGUGACGUUGCUGACUAUUGCCAUGGCAACCAACCGAAGUGCUACAACAAUGGGACCUGUAUAAACGGCGACUCCAACUUCACGUGUAACUGCCCGAAAGGCUGGAUGGGAUGGAAAUGUGACGUUGCUGACUAUUGCCAUGGCAACCAACCGAAGUGCUCCAACAAUGGGACCUGUAUAAACGGCGACUCCAACUUCACGUGUAGCUGCACGAAAGGCUGGGUGGGAUGGAAAUGCGACGUUGAUGCCAGUGACUGUAAGCCAAACCCCUGCAAGAACAAUGGAACAUGCCGAGAUGACGGACUUAACAAAUACAACUGUUCGUGUAUCACUGGAUGGCAAGGGGCAACUUGUGAAGAAGCUGACUAUUGCCAUGGCAACCAACCGAAGUGCUCCAACAAUGGGACCUGUAUAAAUGGCGACUCCAACUUCACGUGUAGCUGCACGAAAGGCUGGGUGGGAUGGAAAUGCGACGUUGAUGCCAAUGACUGUAAGCCAAACCCCUGCAAGAACAAUGGAACAUGCCGAGAUGACGGACUUAACAAAUACAACUGCACGUGUAUCACUGGAUGGCAAGGGGCAACUUGUGAAGAAGACGUUGACGAGUGUUCCACCAAACCAUGUGUAAACGGCACGUGCGUCAACGACCAACCGUCAGGGUCAGGAACAUACACAUGCAACUGUGAUCCAGAUUAUGAGGGGACGAACUGUGACAGUAUUAUUGACAAUUGCAAGGAUGGCCUAUGUCAGAAUGGUGGCAACUGUACUGACGGAAUUGAUGAUUACGAGUGUACCUGUACUAAGCGGUGGACGGGCAAAAGCUGCACAAAAGAUGUGGACGAGUGUUCUCUAAAUAACACAUGUCAAAAUAAAGGAUUCUGUCAGAACACAGCAGGAGGUUUUCAGUGUUACUGUAAAACAGGCUGGACAGGAGAUACAUGUUCUCAAGAUGUUGACGAAUGCGCGAAGCCAUCUGCCUGUGGAGAGGAGCCUGGCUGGAACUGUACCAACACAACUGGAAAUUACACGUGCGAAUGUAAAGCCACUCACAUCAAACGUGGCGACAAGUGUGUUGAAAUUUUGAUGCUUGAAGACAAAAGCACUGUUGUUCUCACCGGCGAUGACAAAAUGUAUGGACCCUACCACGCCAUCGGUGGAAUUCCGUACUACGACAAACUCUACUAUAAUGUGUAUGUGAGUACCAAUGGCUAUGUUGUCUUGGAUCAAAACUACAGUGCAACCCAUCCACCAAAGAAUGAAUCUGAUUGGCCAGCAGCGCAGACAAUCCUCGCUCCCUAUUGGUCCGAUAUUGACCUGGGUUCCAGUGGGCGGCUGAUCGUCAGUCAGUAUUACAGAUACAAGAAUGAUGACGCCGUGCUGGAUGACAUCGCCAAGAUUGUGAAUGACACGGAGUUCACUCCGCAGUAUGCCGUGAUGGUGUCGUGGUAUGAUGCAAGUCCGUACCCGGCAAAGCAGUAUGAGGGAUUCAAGAAUUCCACGUUCCAGCUGAUCUUAGUGACAGACGGAUCCAAGUCACAUGCGAUAUUCACCUAUGUUAAAUACUGGAAAGACAUUCCUGGCAGAAACGUUGUCGCUGGUUACUCAAUUCCGGGGAAAUCGCCAAGUUUUCGUUCUAUAAAUACUAGUUCAGAUCAAACUCAAAAGAGAACAUCGUACAAGCUGUUUAACAGCACGAAUGCUCUGAACAGCUCAAACUAUGACUGCCUGUCUGCCGGUAGUCGGAAUGAAGGUGUCCUGUAACUUAUUUAAACAACUGACGACUGC